CGCAUUGGCUAACACCAGAGAGAAAGCGGGCAUGAACUUCCGCUACUUGAUGUAUGCUCUCUAUCAUUUAUUAAAUCGAUUAUUAAGGCGAAAUUGGUGUUAUAUUGACAAAAUUGAUCCAUUUGAUCCAGUCAGGUAAUAAACUGGUACACUGUAGAUGGUGUGUUUGGGUUGAACCAUGUCUGCCAUGUUUGAAGGGAAUACCUUGUCAGCGAUGCAGACUUCUCAGUGCCACACUCAGAAUAACUACAGAAUGGGGCUGCUGUUCGGGAUCUGCAUCUCUUUGCUUUUAGGCAGCGCCUGGGCUGUGGACCGGGGGAACUUCAAAACCUGCGAUCAGAGUGCCUUCUGCAAGCGUCAGAGGGCCAUGAAGCCCGGUCAGUCUCCAUACCGAGCUUUACUGGACACUCUGGAGCUCAGUGACUCCAGACUCACUCUACAACUCAUCAAUGACAACAACAAGGUACACUUGCUGUUGGAGCUCUAUAGGCUGCAGGGGAACAUCACUCGUGUAAAAAUAAAUGAGCUGAAACCCCUGAAGCCUCGAUUUGAGGUCCCAGAUGUGCUGGUAGGGGAGCCACCCACUGAGCCUCUCUCAGUGCUGUCUAAGGAUGAUAACGGUGUGGUUUUGUCUCUGGGAGCGGAGAGCCAGAGGCUGAUCGUUAGCGCUCGCCCCUUCAGGCUGGAUAUCAUGGAGGGGCCUGAAGUGCUGCUGUCGCUUAACUCCCGCGGCUUGCUCGCUUUUGAGCACCUGAGGCUGCGGAAAGACACUCAGGCGGACCCAGAGAGUGCAGAAGUCAAAGAGAAUGUUGAUGGAGCUGAGGAGCAGGACAAUGAAGAAAAGGCAGAUGACGGAGCGAAAGAUAAAGAAGAAAAAGAAGAUGGCUUGUGGGAGGAGACAUUUAAGUCACACACAGACAGUAAACCCAAUGGGCCAACGUCGAUUAGUUUAGACUUCUCCUUGCCCGGAGUAGAACAUGUAUAUGGCAUACCAGAGCAUGCGGACAACCUUAAACUCAAAACCACAGAUGGCGGAGACCCGUACAGAUUGUACAAUCUGGAUGUGUUCCAGUAUGAGCUCUAUAACCCCAUGGCCUUAUAUGGAUCAGUGCCAGUUAUGCUGGCCCAUAAUGCUCAGAGGACCAUGGGCAUCUUCUGGUUCAAUGCUGCUGAGACCUGGGUGGACAUCAGCUCCAACACUGCUGGCAAAACUGUGUUUGGGAAGAUGCUGGACUUUGUUCAGGGCUCCAGUGAAACUCCUCAGACUGACGUGCGCUGGAUCUCUGAGAGUGGCAUCAUCGAUGUCUUUAUCAUGCUUGGACCCAAACCAUCUGAUGUCUUCACACAAUACGCCUCACUUACAGGCACCCAGGCCUUCCCUCCUCUGGCUGCGCUGGCCUACCACCAGUGUCGCUGGAACUACAAUGACCAAGAUGAUGUGAAGGCAGUGGACCAGGGCUUCGACGAGCAUGACAUCCCAUAUGACUUCAUCUGGCUUGACAUCGAGCACACAGACGGCAAGCGUUACUUCACCUGGGACCCUCACAAGUUCCCGCAGCCCAAAGAGAUGCUGCAGAACAUCAUGGGCAAGAGACGCAAUAUGGUGGCCAUCGUAGACCCUCAUAUUAAAGUGGACAGCAGCUACAAGAUCCAUAACGAGUUAACUGCCAAAAACUUCUACGUCAAGAACAAAGAUGGCAGAGACUACGAGGGAUGGUGCUGGCCAGGGAACUCUGGUUAUCCAGACUUCACUAGACCAGAUAUGAGAGAAUGGUGGGCCAGUAUGUUUGCAUUUGAUCAGUAUGAGGGUUCGAUGCAGAACCUGUACACGUGGAAUGAUAUGAAUGAGCCGUCUGUGUUCAACGGCCCAGAGGUCACCAUGUACAAAGACGCAGUACAUGGCAACUGGGAGCACAGAGAACUCCACAACCUCUACGGCCUCUACGUGCACAUGGCCACAGCUGAAGGUCUGAUCCAGAGGUCUGGGGGAACAGAGAGGCCAUUUGUUCUCACUAGAUCCUUCUUUGCUGGCUCACAGAGAUAUGGUGCUGUGUGGACUGGAGAUAAUGCAGCCGAGUGGGACCACCUGAAGAUCUCUAUCCCCAUGUGUCUCAGUCUGGGGCUGGUGGGCAUCUCGUUUUGUGGAGCUGAUGUUGGUGGCUUCUUUAAGAGCCCUAGUACUGAGCUGCUGGUGCGUUGGUACCAGACUGGCGCAUACCAGCCGUUCUUCCGUGCACACGCCCACCUGGACACCCCCAGGCGCGAGCCUUGGCUGUUUGGCCCUGAGAACACUGCUCUCAUCCGGGAAGCUGUCCGCCAGCGCUAUGCCCUCCUGCCCUACUGGUACCAGCAGUUCUACCAUGCAUACCGGACCGGCCAGCCUGUCAUGAGGCCUCUGUGGGUUGAGUAUCCUAAAGACGCAGCUACUUUCACCAUUGAUGACGAAUUUCUGAUUGGUCGAGAUUUGCUGGUCCACCCCGUCACUGAGGAGGGGGCACGAGGAGUCACAGCCUACCUGCCUGGAUCUGGGGAGGUUUGGUAUGACGUCCACACAUUCCAGAAACACAGUGGUGCUCAGAACCUCUACAUUCCAGUCACCAUGAGCUCUAUCCCAGUGUUCCAGCGCGGCGGCUCCAUCAUUCCUAGAAAGGUCAGAGUUCGUAGGUCAUCUGUGUGCAUGGAGAAUGACCCCUACACCUUGUAUGUGGCCCUCGGUCCACAGAGAUUUGCUGAGGGCGAGCUCUACAUGGAUGAUGGCCACACUUUUGAUUUCCAAGCAAAGAAAGCAUUUGUUCACCGCAGCCUAACAUUCUCUAACAAUGCCCUGACAUCCAAGAACUUGUGUCUGGAUUGCAAGUUCAAUACUAAAUCUUGGAUUGAAAAGAUUUUCAUAUUGGGAACCAGCAAGCCCAACAAGGUUACUCUUCAAAUGGAUGGCCGAAACACUGUUGUGGAGUUUGAGUUUGAUGCCUCCAUGUCAGUGUUAACCCUGCGCAAGCCAGGGAUGAACGCUGCAGCAGACUGGACCAUCCUGCUGCAGUAACACGCUGGAGGAGAACAGGAGCCUGGGGGUACACUGGGACUGACCACAAGAUACAAGACUACUCAGAAAAAUACAAUCAUUUUGUUUGAUACUAUUAACUCAUACACUGUGUUCACACACACACACACACACACAAUCAGGUAAAGGGUGAAUUGUGAUUCAGUAGGAAGGUAUUUCAGAUUAGUUUGGGGGCUAAAUAGAAGUGAAAUGGUAGAUGGUUCAGGUUUUAAAUUUUGUAAGCCCAGUGUCCAAAUCUCAAGUAACUUUUCCUGUAGUAAAUGAUGUAGUCAGCCCGUUCUCAUAUGUCUGUGAUUAAAAGGAAUGGAGAGCAUGUUUGAUGCACUUGGCUUAUUCCAAUUAAUUUCAAUUCAAUUCAAAAUAGAGGACGUGUUUUGCUAAUUUUCAUUGAUUUUAAAGUAGUAGAUUGAUGGCUAAAGAGUGGGUAGUACAUGCCAUACCCACAAACUUGGAAUAUGUGUAGGGGAAUUAAACCACUGACUUAGUGGCAGUGUUUCCAGUUUCUUUAUAGUUUUUGUUAUUGACUUUUUUCUGUUUUGUUUUUUUGUUUUGUUUUUGUUUGUUUUUUGUAUUUUCUUUUCCAGAGCACUUGAAUACUUCUGUGGGUGAAUAGAUAUUUUGAACAAAACAAAUAUUGACCGUAAGUUUACAGUUAAUGCAACAAGGUUGGCUAUGUAAUGAUAAUGUGAAGGUUACCAUUAUUGAGGAGAUGCUGAUAACAUCUUUAAAAUUUACAUCAUGUGCAAUCUCAACUUUUUUUUUUUUUCCUUGUACAUUCCUGCCAUGUCUGCUGAUAUGAAUACAUUAAAAAUAUUCCUUGGUUGCUCUAGUGAGGACCACACAGCUCUUUUCCCUUCACAAAUAUGUAGUGUAAUGAAACCUUUCAGGAGACCUCCAAAAAGGUGAUAUUUUUGUCUUGGUAAUUCUUACAGGCCGUCAUAAAAUGACCUCUUAUUGAUGACUUGAUCAGGCAAUACGGUAAUAAAAAAAAAAAAAUAAUGUUCCCAAA